GAUUACCGACAAGCGUAGUCUUGAUCACAUACAUCUAGAAUCAAUGGCAGGCGACUCUGAAUUCGAUAACGGCAAGCAGGUUUCCGGUCGGAAGCGCAAGGCUGACGUAUUGGGGCGACUCGGUACUGCCAAAGGCACUACCUCCAUGGUGUUGUCCAAGGGGGGUCGUGGAUCCGUGUCCGGUUGGACGUCCUGCCCUUUGUGCGGACGGCAUUCCGUCAAGAAAUACGCUCUCGGUCGUGGUAUCGCGUCUCAUCUUCACGCUGUGCAUACGCCGUGGAAGCCAGGGAAAAUAGAACGUAAAAAACGCCGCAGAUUACUGGAGAGGCAACUUUCCGAGCGAAAGCGGGAGCCUUCGUCCAACAUGAGUGAUAUAUGUGGAAGGGAUUCGUCCGAGGCCCGAAAUGACGUAACAUGGAAGCCAACUCACGAAGAAGUAGAGGCAUGGGAUUUGGAAGUGAUCCGAAUCAUCCAAAACAUUGAUGCAAAUGCUUUGAAAGGCAAUAUGGUCAGCUCAAAGGACUUGGUUCCACCAGGCUUUGAUCGCAAAGGACAGCACGUUCAAAAUUAUCGCGAAAGCCUUCCUAAAUUUCUGAAAGCCGCAUCUGAAGGUAACCUAGUCCAACUUCGAAAGAUGGUCGAUUGUUCUAGUGCGCAAAGUGGGUGCGAACUCAAUGCUGUUCUUGAUACUCGCGAUCGGCACGGGUCUCUGGCCGAGCACUGGGCAGCUGGAGGCGGACAUUUGAUUUGUUUGAAAUAUUUGUUUGAAGAACGAAAUCGGGUGAGGUCAGCUUCGAGUGAAACCAGAACAAAUCUGACUCUCUCGACGGAAAAGACCCGACGCAGACGGGAUGGAAAGACCUGUUUACACUACGCUGCCCGGAACGGUCAUUUGAAUUGCAUACGCUUCUUAGUAGAACAGGAAGGGUGUAAGGUAGACGACACGUCUGGUGACGGUACAUCACCUUUGCAUUUGGCGUGCUUUGGUGGUUACCUUGAAGUUGUCAAGUAUUUGGUCGAACAAGGAGCGAACGUGGCAUUGGAAAACGAAUGGGGAUGCAAUGCCUCUCAUUGGAUAGCCAUGACUCAAAAUGUAUCGGAAGAGCAAGUGCGUGCCUUAUGUCGGUUUCUGCAGUCGCAAAAUAUUUCUUUUAUGCAGGUCCAGAAACAGGGACACUGCGCUUUACACAAGUCGGCGCAGCGAAUGAACAGACACGUCAUCCGGUGGAUGCUUCAGCUUGAAUCUGAAGGCGGUGCUGGAUUGUCAAAGGACGAACUUAAAAGGGCGGCCCUCCCGGAUGUUGGCGGUCAUACUCCGGUCGCGAUUUGGCAGUCAGUUGGAGGCGAUGAGGAAUUCGGCAAGUGGUUUGCGGCUAAAAUAGUUUCCAUUUAA